AUGAUAAAGUCUUGCCCUCUAAUCGAAUUCAAUGGCAUUCCCACAAACUGUCAUAUUAAAGAGCAAGGAGUUCUCCGUGGGCUUCCCUCCGCUGGUCUCUUCAGUUUAUUGGCGUCUUUCUGUCCUUCAGAAGACAACCAGCAAAAUGUGAAUGGGUUUCUAGUUUACAACCAAUCUAGACAGUACGAAUUGCUCGAGCUUCUGGAUGCAUUUUCCAAGACCUCAUUCGAGGAAACCCUGGAGAACUCACGAACGGCAGUCAAUAACCUUACGCUUGCGGCAAAUGUCUUUGAUGAUCUACUUCAAUAUGAGAUUAAUGCGACAGCAUGCAACGAGUCAAGUCUCAGCGAUUCCGAACGGGUAAAACACUUGAUAACCUUCGUAUUUUUUCAUUUUUUCUGGGAAAUGGUGGGCAAUUAUGCAGCAGUAGAAAUGAGCAGCUCCCAGUAG